UUUGCUUCACAUCUAGGAUUGAAAAAAAUCGAACAAAAAUUUCAACAACCUUCAAAUUCACGAAAGCAAUGAUCAGCCUCAUCCUCCCCCACCGCCACCACCCCAAAAUUCACAAGAAAAAUAUGCAAUCUUUGAUCACAGAAAGGCUCAGUCUCGCACAAUUAAAUAGGCUAUAAACCCUCAAAACAUUUUGUAAUACUAUCAAUCUUUCCUAUUUGAAUAAUUCGAUGGAAAAUCUGUCCUUUUCCUCUUUUGAAAUAGUGGGAGUGAGAGUGAGAUUUUCAAGAACGUGUUUUUGAAGAUGCUAUUUGAAUUCUCAUUUUCCGAAUCCUAAUCCCUAACAUUUGUAUGUAUCAAAAACUGCAGAUUUAAGGAGGUGAAAAAAGAAAAAUGGGGGUUACACUGAUGGAGUUUGGGAAUGAUAUAAGGAAAGGUGUGAUGUUUACAAUUAGAGGGUGUUUGCAUCAUCCAUUCCUUGUGUUUAUUGUGUGUGGCAUGAUAUACAUUUUGAGGGCAUUUCCUUUCAUGUUUUCCCUGUUGCUUCCGGCGGCUCCGGUCGUGGUUUGCACGGUUGUGUUGCUCGGAACCCUAUUGUAUUACGGGCAGCAGAGCAUUCACGAGAUCGAGAUAGGAAUGAAGUCCAAAUAUGAGGGUGUUUCGCUUAGGAAUCACAAGUUUAUAGAUGCUAAUACUGCUAGUGUUGUUGCUGAGAGCAAUGAGCAGCAUUUUGUUGAGAAUUGUGGUGAUAGUGUGGAGUCGAACUUGGUAGGGCGUAGGCUAGAUGAGAUUAGUGUAGGCGUGGAUGAAUCGAUUGAGGGGAUUCUUGUAGGCGUGGAUGAAUCGAGUAAGGGGAGUGGAUCGAGUGAGAUUGGGUCGGAGAAUGACGAGAGUUGGGAGGAGAUGGAGGGAGAUGGAGAGGGAGAGGGAGAUGGAGAGGGGGAGGUGAUGGCUGAUCACUAUGCCAUAAUCUCUAAAGUGAUUGGUGAUCUACUAGAAUCGGAGUCGGACCACGAGAAAUCCGAUGGGGAUUCGGGUGUUUCAGAGAGGGAUAAUAGGAUGGAUCACCACGAGGAUAAGCCAGAAGGACCCCGGGAAAGUUCAGACUCAGGGUCCGAGAGGACCGAGAACACGUCUCCGGAUGACACCUCGAUUGAGGACAUAAUGCCGACGAUGCUCCACGAGCUCCACCCCCUUUUGGAUGAGGAUGCUCCGCAGCCUCCUCAGAUGUCGCAUGCCAACUCCGAGGCAUCGCUAAAUGAGCAUUCUCGGCGCUCAAGCAAUGAUGGCAUCGAGUCGGCUGAUGAGACGGACAUACAAGAAUCGGAGGUUGCAGAUGACGAUGACGACGACGACGACACAGAGGAUCACACCCAGUCUGUGAUCACUUGGACAGAGGAGGAUCAGAAAAAUCUAAUGGAAGUCGGGAAUUCGGAGAUUGAAAGGAAUCGACGGUUGGAGAGGAUUAUAAGGAGGAGAAGGAAUCGGAGUAUGGUGCCUGAGAUCAACUUGUCGGAGUACAAAACCUCUGAUUUCCACAUCCAAAUCGCUCCGAUAUCCACAGCAAGGCGUAAUCCGUUUGAUCUCCCUCAGGAUUCCGGCCCUGGCUCGGCUCCUUCGGUUCUAUCACGGUGCAGAACGAACCCUUUUGAACUACCUGACGACUUGGUCGAAGAGGAUCCGAAUGAAACAGCGGACAGGUCUCGUAUAGAGCUUAGGCCGUCGCUAACUCGACACCCCUUCCUUAGAAGACGCAACAAUUUCUCCAGUAGGCCCUCGAUCUUUUCCCCGAAUAGGCUAGAGGGGCGGCCGGUGAAGAUAAAACCCUUCUUCGUUGCAGAGCAGGUGGUUGCAGAUGGGUCGAGCUACUCACCGUUUAAACGGCAGUCGAGCGAGCACAGCUCUGGUCCGGAGGAAACGGAUUCGGUUGGCUCGGUCGAGUAUUUUGAAGACGAGGGAGGAGACGAUUCUGAAGAAGACAUUGAAGAUGAUCCGUCGAAGAAUCAUGAUGGGGCCUCCAAUGAAGAAGGAAGUGCUGAUACGAGCGCCUCUCUGGCAGCGAUGGACAAGGCCCCGGACAGGGAGCCUGCGUGCGAGACCGACACGAGCCCCACUGCGAGGGCUCAACUAGAAGUAGAGCCAGAUGGUGAUGGAAUGCAGGUGGGGGAUACCUCGAGCGUAUAGCCAGAAACGCAUAAUUCGUCUCUAGGCAAAGAGUUGGGAAUAAACGAACAAAACAGCAUUGCUUCUGAAAGAGUCGCAACCAAACAAGUGCUUCGGAAGAGGGUAAAAGUUCGAAAAAAUGUGUCGGAGUUUUCAGCUCGAGCUCGAGCUCGAGGGGCUCAGAAUGAGAACAAGAAUGUUAGUUCCCUUUAUUCAGCUAGCAUGGUCUAAUGGGAUUUAUUCAAUAAUGGUCUUUUAACUUGAUUUCUUGAGAUUUUUGAUACAUCCAU